GAGCCCGGUCUCUUGGCCUAUAGCAUAGCCUGUGCCCGGACAGGAGGCCGGCCUUGCGGGGUGUGCUGGGGGUAGUGGGAGGCGGAGGUGGCCGGAGCCUGGGAUCUUUCUGUUGCCUGCCUCCUGUCUGUGUACCAGGUGCUGCUGUGUGAUAAUAAGGAGGUCUCUCUUCCUCGGGACAGUUGCCCCCAGCCUCCCUGCUCCUCCUGCAUUGUGCCCUUUCUGCCCCGAGCCCAUACACACUAUCUCCUGUGAGCCUGGGGAACUUGAGGCUAAAACCCAACAGCACCAAGAGCAGCAUGUACUCCAGCAACAACAAGAAGAGAAAGAUAUGGAAAGAAGAGAAAGAGCGUUUGCUAGGUAUGUCACUGGCUGAGAGGCGUAAAGAACUGACCAAGGAUUAUAUUCCACUGGACACUAUUCCAUCGUUGCUGGAUGAAAUGAGAAAAGCCUCAAAUGAUGAUGAAAAUCAAGAAGUAAACAGCUUGUGCAACAAAGUGUCUCUUUACAAAGGAGACAUCACCCAGCUUGAAGUAGAUGUCAUCGUAAAUGCAGCAAACGCAAGUCUUCUUGGAGGUGGUGGAGUGGACGGCUGUAUACACAGAGCUUCGGGGCCUUAUCUGUAUGAUGAAUGUCGCAUGUUGGGAGGCUGUGCUACUGGACAAGCAAAAAUCACUUGUGGGUAUAAACUGCCAGCAAAAUAUGUUAUUCACACGGUGGGGCCUAUUGCAAGAGGACAAUUAAGUGACCGUCACAAAGAGGACCUUGCAAGCUGCUACAAGUCUUCGCUCGCAUUGGCAAAAGAACAUAACAUCAAAUCAAUAGCUUUCCCCUGCAUUUCUACUGGAAUUUAUGGAUUUCCAAACGAGCCAGCAGCUAAUAUAGCACUGCAAACAGCCAAAGAAUGGUUGAAGGUGAAUCGGAAUGAGAUGGAUCGCAUAAUCUUCUGUGUAUUUUUGGAAGUCGAUUACAAAAUAUAUAAAAAGAAAUUGGCUGAGUUUUUCCCGAAAGAUGGCGGUGAUGAAGAUGAGAAGGAUGAUAAGGAUGAUAAAAAUGAAGACAAUAAGAUGAUUAGUGAAGAUACUAAGGGGCCUGAUCAAAAUGCAUUGUCACCUCCUACAAAGAAAUCUAAAGCCAAAAAAACAGAUCUGCAGGAGGGGUCUACAGAUGCUGCUGUAGAAGACAUCAAAGAGCCUGCUCAAGACUCAGAAGACGUGAAAGAUCCUGGCUCAGUUUCAGAAUCAACACAAGAAAUGAAAGAUCCUGGCUCAGAUUCAGAACAUUCUGAGGCAUCAGCUGUGAAAGCAGACGUAGAUAUGAUGGAAGCAUCUCAAGAAGAAAACGAAGAUCCUGAUGAGAAGGUCAUUAGAACUGAAGCUGACGUGAGCACUGAUUCCCAAGCACCAAGUGAUGACAUCUCUAAAGCAGAAGAUCCUCUCUCUAGCCCCCCAGAAGAUAAACCAAACGAACAAAACCAUGACAUCCAAGAGACCAAUGAAUUCAAUGAUCCAUCUAAGAAACUAGAGUCUGAAAAUGUAACCGAUGAUGUUCACAUGUGUAGUCAGAACAUAGAAAGUCCAAAUGAUGAUGAUGAUGGAGAAAAUAAUGUUCACAUGCUUAGUCAGAACAUAGACAAUCCAAGUGAUGAUAAUGGAAAAAAUAUUGUUGCAGAAGAAAAAUGAAAAUCGAAUUGAUGAAAUGAAAAGAGAGAUGUGACAUCAUUCCAGCAGUAGUGAACAAGACUACGCCUAGAGUGUUGCUUACAGGGCUAAUGGGUUAUAUGAUAGGGGUGUGACUUGAUUUCAGUUGUUCUGAUUAUUAGUUGCAUAACAAAAAUUUUAUGCAUUACUUUCAUUUUCUGGAUUAGCUUUUCUUCUUCUUUGAAAUUAAAAAUCUAACUGCAGUUUCUGUCUGCUUAACGUCUUCUGAUGACGAUCCUUCACAAAUAAGAGUCCUCAAAGUGUUGCUAAUACUUAGUCUGCAUACUGUAUAUGAUUUGAAGUUUGUUUUUUUAAUUCUCCAUAUGAUUUAAUUUUGCCACUUGCCAUUCCAUGUGAACAAGUACAAUAGUGAAUACAGCCAUCCCAUGCGACAUCUAAUGCUAAAAUGAGUAAUCCGACGAACAUUUCUUAGUGUGAAAAGAAAAUUGGUAAAAAAAUGAAUUAAAUGCAGUCGUUUGACCUGAAAUAAUGGUCCACUGAGUUUUUGAAACCAUUAUGGCCUAAAUGUAAGUUGCAUGUUUAAAGGACAACUCCAGAACCAGAGACAUGUUAUUACUAAACCUCCUUCAUUCAUGUACCAUAGAGGGACCAGGGCUUAGGCCAUAGGCCUCUUCUCUUAGACCUCCAGCCAGUGUCAGUGAUGGUAAUGCUGGAGGUCUAGGAGAAGAGGAUAAGCACCCAGUCUACACUGAGUAGUUAUUGUAGCUGAUUGGACAAGUCACUCAGUCGUCCAAUCAGCCGCAUCAGCUACACCUCAGUAUUGUUUAUGUUACAUGUAUCCAGGUUGCUAUGGCCAGAUAAACAAACCAACAUAUGUUCCGAUGGAGCUGAGUAACUGCUGAUAACAAAGUAUACUGAGGGUCCAUGAGAUGGGGGUAAACUAAAGUUAUGUCUGGAGUUGUCCUUUAAUAGUAUAUGUACUUAGCCAGGUUAUUCAAAAUCUCCCAAUACUCAGUGUUUUUGUCUGCCACAUUUAAAAGGGCAAUAGUAUUACAUGCAAGACUAUCCUGAUAUUACAUCUAAUAGUAUUGCCCUUUAAAGCAGGCAAGAAAAAUCAUAGAAAAUUGGCUGUUUGCAAACUGCGUAGUAAAUAUGCCCCAACAGUAUGUAUAUAUAUAUAUACAUAACUAUUGAGGAAAAGCACGCGGGAUCGAGCAUUUGUCAUGUAAGCAUGCAUGAAAGAAUUAAAGACACAUCAACACCUUUGUAAAUGGUCCUGGCCUAUGGGCUUAACUAGUUUUGAAGAGCAGUGUCAGCGCUUGUCCUGUUUUCUACUUCCUGUGCAUUGUGUCCUUGUACUCAGACAGUGACUUGCUGUACCACAUCUGUCAUCACCGCACAUGUGUUCAGGAAAACACAAAGGAGUUUAUAGAUUUAAAUUUUUUUUCUCAAAAAAAUAAAAGGGGGGUACACAGUAGCAUUUUAAUUUGUACCAAGUCCCUGACUCUGAGAGGAGGCACAGCAUGUGUCGGUGGUUGAUGUUGUGUCAAACACGUUCCAAUUACUGUGGGAAAUGAUUACAAUGUGUUUUUUUGCAUUUUUGUUUCUCUUGAAUAUUCAAACAUUCCCAUCCCACUGUGAUAGAUUCAUUUAUUUUUGGCAUGCUGAAGCUUUAGCUUUCGUUCCUGAAUUAGCUGCAAUUCUAAGCUUUUUAUUUUCUUUUUUUAUCUAAAGAAAAAAAAAAAAAAGAGAAAGAACCAGGAUUAGAAAUUAUAUACUUUGUACCCCGCCAGUUAAUCUUAUUGCUAAUAAUAUAUACUGUAUACAGUUUUUUGGUGUUUUUUUGCAUAUAAACAUUUUUGAGUGGGUCCAACCUAAAACAGUGGAUACACAAUACUUUACUGAUUCAGUGACAGACUGUAACUGUAUAAUGUUUGGAUGCUUAAAAGGAUAAUUCCAUUUUUUAUUAUUAUUAUUUUAUUUUUAUUUUUAAAGUACUUACCAACCUCUAUUCCGGCUUGGUGUGAGUCCGUUGAUGGGGAGUUUCUUCUUGUGUAUGCUGAUUUCAUGACAUGAAAAUCCCUAUGUUGGUUAAAUACAGUGUUGGUGCAUAGACAACAUAAUGAUAUAGCAAGGGAGCCAACCCAACGAUCACCAAGGUACAACCAAAAGAGUAAAUACAGUAAACUCCUCCUUGAUGGAGGCCCAAUUUUACCUGGUGGCCCUACAACACAGAGGGUGAAAGUUGCAGGCCAGGAACUCCACCAAGGAGGAAAAGGGCUUAGUAAGUACAUGAAAAUAUUCCAAUUGUCACUGUAUAAACAGUUAUUUCAGGCUAAUAAUGAUUAUUUCCCAUAUAAAUUGCUUUACGUGCAAGAAACGCGUUUCACUAUGUACAGCCACAACUGUUUGACCACAUUUGACAUAUGUACUGUGUGUAUCAGAGAGCAUGCGACUUUAGUUACAUAUUUCCAUGGUAAUCUAACAUCAAGUAAAGACAACAUAUUCAUUAUUGUAACCCAUCUGGUGUACAUAAUGUCACAGAGUACUAAAAGAAAAGUCUUCAAUCUCAUAUGUGCAUCUGUGUGUGACGUUAUAGGGUUUCCUAACUUAUUACUAAUGCUAUAGGCAGCUAGCAGCACUGCAGACACGGCAAACACUGCCAAAUGCUGACGAUCUGGGCGGUAGGUACUAUACAGUCGCCCAAAUAGUCUUUGAUCCCCACGAGCUGUAGCUACAUAAAGGUGUCUGGUGAUAGUGGUGAGGAAAUCCUUUUAAAUCAACGAAUGUAUUCGGAUUUCCACCAAAGUAAAUAUUCAUUAUCGUUAUGAUUAUUUCUAAGUAUUUACAUGAAAACAUUAAAGAUUUACACCAUAAAUAGGACAAUUGAGAUUAUAAUUAUUGGUGGUGGUUGUACUGCCAACUUUUACAAAUCCAUUACCACUGUACAAGGUUCAAUAUAGUAUAGUAACACUUGUAACAAAGAACAGACAAGUAACACAGAGCAGUUAUGAACCCACAGAGAACCAGGUAUAGAAAAGAACAGACUUGUUAAUCUUUUUUUCAUUGUUCUCAUUGAAAUUUUACUUGUUAACAAAAUGGCAUGUUUGCCAGUUACAGAUUAAUGUCAAUUAAAAAUGAAUUAGUAUAUCAGUAUGCUGAACUUUCUUUUAUGGUCUACAAAUUAUUUCCUUUCUUCAUUUGUAAUAAUCUGUUACUUUCCAUUUCUUUGUGCCAUAUGUCUGAUUAAUCUGACAUACAAUGCCUUUAUACUAUAUUCGUUUAUGCAGAAUAAUAAAGUUGUUCAAGAGGA